UUCAAAUACAUUACAAUGGAUAUUCAUUUUGCAAGAUGAACUACGGGUUGUGUUAACACAGAAGUUAUAAUUAUGGCGGAGAACACGCUUCUCGCGGCAAGGCAGGGCGACGUGCAAGUCCUGAAGGGGCUUUUAGGAACCAAUGAACUGAACGACGACGUGAAGGAUGUCCUCGGAGCGUCCCCCGUGCACCACGCCGCCCGGGCCGGGAAGCUGACAUGUCUGCGUUUCUUGGUGGAAGAGGCUGGCUUGUCGGGGAACACUGUGGCCAACAAUGGCGCCAGUCCGGCGCACGACGCAGCGGCCACGGGCAACCUGGCGUGUUUACAGUGGCUGCUGACCCAGGGGGGCUGUCGACCCGAGGACAGGGACAGCUCGGGAGCUACAAUCCUCCACCUUACAUCUCGCUUUAGUCAGCACGAGCUCAGCGAUUGGCUGCUCAAGAGCGGGGAGGUGGACCCCGGGGCCACCACAGACUCGGGGGCCCUUCCUGUUCACUACGCCGCUGCCAAGGGCGACCUGCCGUCCCUCCGACUGCUGCUGGGACACAGCCCAAAUGUUGUCAAUUACCAAACCAAGAAUGGUGCCACGCCCUUAUACCUGGCCUGUCAGGAGGGCCACCUGGAGGCCGUCCAAUACCUGGUGAAGGAUUGUGGGGCGGAGCCAAGCAUCCGAGCCAAUGACGGCAUGACUCCGCUGCAUGCCGCCGCCCAGAUGGGCCACAACACCGUCAUCGUGUGGCUGGUGAGCUUCACGGAGGUGGGUCUGUCGGACCGCGACGGGGACGGGGCCACGGCCAUGCACUUUGCGGCCAGCAGGGGCCACGCUAAGGUGCUGAGCUGGCUGCUGCUGCACGGGGGGACCGUCACGGACAGCUGGGGAGGGACACCGCUCCACGACGCCGCGGAGAACGGAGAGCUGGAGUGCUGUCAGAUCAUGGUGGUGAACGGGGUGGACCUGGGCAUCAGGGACCACGACGGCUUCGCCGCCGCCGACCUGGCCGAGUACAACGGACACCCGCAGUGCGCCAAGUACCUGCGCACGGUGGAGCACAUGAGCGUGGAGCACCGGGUGCUGUCCAGGGACCCCUCCACAGACCUGGAGUACAAGCAGCCCGACUCAGGCCUGUCCUCGCCCAACACCACCAUGCCCCCCAUCAACCCCCCGGCCCGCUUCGACCUGGGCUCCCCCUCCAGCAGCCUCUCCAACUACGACUCGGCCAACUCCAGCCAGACCAGCACCGGGGAGAAGAGGGGCGGAGCCCCGCCGGCCCCCCCCGCCCCCACCACGCUGCCAGGUGGUUCAGCGACGGCCAUCACCAACAUGCAGGCCUACAUGGACAUGCUGAACCCAGAAAUCAGGUCCGAUGCCCCGCAGGGGAGCGCGCCCUCCUCGGCCGCGGGCUCCCAGGCCCCUGGGCCUGCACCAUCGUCAUGUCCAGCAUCAGAGAUGGACCUACCGGACCUGCCUCCACCUCCCCCCCCACCACCCCCUCUACCGCCCCUCAUCCCUCCACCCCCGCCCGAGUUCCCUCCCCCGCCUCCCCCACCCGGGGUAGAGGCCACCCUGCCCCCUCCCCCUCCCCCUCUCCCGCCCCCGCCGCCGCCCGGCUACCCGGCCCCCCUGCCCCCGUCCGGGGUCCCGGGGCAGCAGCCCCUGAGGGCUUCGGGUUCUGCAGAGUACCUGAAGAUCAAGAACAACCUGCGGCACGUGGAGAACGACAAGAGACAGGUGAGGCUCCCUCCGGGGACCAGCCGUGAUAGGCUGCGGCGGGUGGACUCCAACAGGAAGUCGAGGAGCUUCAGCAAACAGCCCAGCACUGGGGACUACUACAAGGCCCUGGGCAGUGACACCCAGACAGCCCAGCACCCUGGGAGCAGCGCCAUGCCGCCAAACGAGGAGGGCUCCGCUCUAUUGGAGGAGCCUGCUCAGAGCCCCGCCCCCAUUCCGGAGAAUGGCACAUUAGCGGGUGUGGUCCCUCCCCCACCUCCUCCUCCUCCGCCACCACCCCCACCAAGCAACGCCGUGCCGACUCCGCCCCCUCCGCCGCCGUUGCCCCCGGAUACGCCCUCCGCCGCCAAGUCGCCCAAAACUAAAGGGGACGUCGAAGGAGCCCCGAGACGAUCCUCCUCAACAGGAAGCAACAAAUCCUUCAACAUGAUGUCCCCCACGGGAGACAACUCGGAGCUGCUGGCGGAGAUCAAGGCUGGGAGGAACUUGAAGCCCACCACCCACACUAAGGGCUACACCACCGUCUACACCAGCGGCGGUCCCCCGGGCACCAACGGCACGGAAGCUGCCCCCCCAGAACCCAGCCCCCCAGUGCCCAGCCCCCCGGUCGCUAACCCCCCGCCCCCCGCCGCAGUUAAGGCUCCCACGUCUCCCCCCGCCACGGCCUCCACCAGCCCCACCCGGACGGCCAGCCCCAGCCCGGCCCCCAGUCCCACGGGCUCGGGCCAGGGCCGGUCCUCCCCCUCGGGCUCCGUGGUCAACGGCGGGGGCGCGGCGGUCCGGAAGACCAGCCUGGCGGACGUGGAGGCGAUGGUGCCCACCCACGACGAGCAGGGCAAGGCCAUCCCGGAGUGGAAGCGGCAGGUGAUGGUGCGGAAGCUACAGGCCAAGGUGCAGGAGGAGGAGGAGCACCGGCGCAAGGUGGAUGAGGAGGCUGCCCGUCUGGCCUCAUUGCCAGCCUGGCGGAGAGACGUGAUGAAGAAGAAGAUGGAUGAAGAGAAGGAGCAAAAGAGAAAAGAAGAGCAGGAGGCUAAACAAGCCAAGGAGACUGAGGAGAAGACAGAGCAGGAGCGGCUACGGAUCCUGGGCUACGACGAGACCAAGCUAGCUCCCUGGCAGCGCCAGAUCAUCCUGAAGAAGGGGGACUUGACUAAAUAGCGACACUCGGCUUUGGCCUUCACCAUCAGGAACAGGACAGUCCGAAGAGCGUAGGACUCCCCCGCUCGGCCGCUGCGGAGACACAAGACGACGACAUCGACUGCUUCGGUUCUAUUCAAAGUCUGGGGAACACUAAACGGUCAGAUAAUUUAGCGUUGAUGCUAGCGGUGUCUAAUUUCUAAAAGUAAAGUAGCUAAUUAUUCUCCUCGUUCUCUCGUCAAGACAUUUGCGGAAAUUGGUAUGCGUCUGAACUAUAUUACAAUUAUCUUUAGUACUGUAAUGACACUUUUAGCCGAUAGAUGCUAGGGCUGUUUUCACAACACUGUUAAUAGAUGGAGUCCCACACACACACACACACACACACACACACACACACACACACACACACACACACACACACACACACACACACACACACACACACACACGCACACACGCACACAUACACACGCACACACCUCUACUGUAACCAGAGGCUAGUCUAAAAGCUACAAUUUUGCCAUCAGGAAAAUCUCCUGUUCAAUUUUUGUUUUUCUUCACUCGCCAGUAUACAAGAAAUGUUAAAUCUGUUGUGGAUUAUUGUUGGAAUAAUAAAAGUAAAUAGUUGAUCAAACUCUGAAUGGCAUAAUGUAACAAAACAGCGUCGUUCUAGUGAUAUUUUUGUAUGGAGCUCUAUUCAUAUCCUUAUAAUUUCACUCCACUGCCAGAAACAUAUAUUCUUAAAUGAGAUAUCAUGUGUUCUAUAGACUGUUAUAUCAUGGUAGAUUUGAAAUAGUAAUAAAUCCUAUUUCAAAUCAAUGACAGAUUGCCAGUCAAAUUAUUUACAAAAGAUAAUUUAGUCUCAUAUAGUAUACAUAGAUCAAUACCUAGGUACUUUAUGCAUCCCAGAGGGGAAAUUAUAACACUUUUCCUGCAAACAUUUUAUAUUUAAAACCAUUUAGAUGAAUAUUGGAAAGCCACAUUAUUACUUGGAGCCCUGGAAGAGUUUUCUUAAAAUACAAUAAACAUUCACUUAAAUUCAGGAAGCAUCAAACGCAAAAGUCUUUGGACUUUGGACAUCGCACCUGCAAGACAAACAAUUCAAACUUAGAAAAAGGUCCCUGCUAUUUCCAACUGUCUCAUCCCAUGAAUGACAAAAUGACAUUCCACCAUUAGAGGGCUGACUCCUCCUUCAGUUCGUAUCCUCCAUGACAUUUCUGAGUCAUGUGACUCAACUGCAGAAGAUGUGUUCAAACAAACAAUAUGGCAAAAAGCAAAUGUUUGCAGGGCACGGAGCAGUGCAAUGUGAUGCUGACUGUGUUGGAUGUGUCUUUCUGAAUGUGUUCGUAAAUUCAUGGCAAAACAUAUUAUAUUAUAUAUUUGCUUCAUUGAUGUAUGUCCAUUUUUGUAGUUUAUCCUCUGAGCAUAUCACAUCAUCGUGAAAUUCAUGGUCCUUGUGUGAGUAAUAAUUUGGAAAUAGUCGCUUUCAUUGGAUGCCAUAAUAAUUUCAAAAAUAAAGACUAUCUGAA